GAAUAUAAAAAUUAGGGCAAGAGAGAUAAAGAUCGAAUUGAAAAAACAGAUCGGAAUCGUCUAGAGAGAGAGCUAGAGGAUGUCGUAUCUUCUACCGCAUCUGCACUCCGGUUGGGCCGUGGAUCAGGCGAUUCUGGCCGAGGAAGAGCGUCUCGUCGUCAUUCGUUUCGGUCACGACUGGGAUGAGACUUGUAUGCAGAUGGAUGAGGUGCUUGCUUCAGUUGCUGAGACGAUAAAGAACUUUGCAGUCAUUUACCUUGUGGACAUCACUGAAGUUCCAGACUUCAACACAAUGUACGAGCUGUAUGAUCCUUCAACAGUCAUGUUCUUCUUCAGGAACAAACACAUCAUGAUCGAUCUUGGAACUGGUAACAACAACAAGAUUAACUGGGCACUCAAGGACAAGCAAGAGUUCAUCGAUAUCAUCGAAACCGUCUACCGUGGUGCAAGGAAAGGUCGUGGGUUGGUGAUUGCUCCAAAAGAUUACUCCACCAAGUACCGCUACUAACCGGGCUUCCCAACACAUUCUAGUUUGUUUAAAACCAUUGAGUCCUCUAUUGAUUCUGGUCAGCUGAAAUAUCCCAUGAACUGGUUUCAUAUAUAUGCUUUGAUUCUGGUUUUUCGCUUGCUGUUUUGGUUGUUUGUUCUCCAUUUUAUGUAUGUAACUACUUGCUUCGAACAUAAUUCAGUGAAAUGAAACUUGGAAGCCGAUCCUGGGUUUUAUGUA